GUCUGCUGAAACUCUACCUUAAACGACCACAACCUCAAAUCCUACAUAAAAGAGAGUUCACGAUGUCUGAGCCGCUGUUCGACCCAUCCUUGAAGAAGAAAAAGAAGAAGACCGUAGCGUUCACGGAAGACCCAUUGGGAGCAGAUGCAGACCCAACAGCGCCCGCACCCGACACGAUCGACAGCACGACCAUCAGCGGUGAGGCGGUGGAUUUGGGACCCAAGACGGCCCAUGAGAAGAUGAAGGCAGAGGCCGGGGAGGGUGAUGCUGGCAAGGCCAAAGAGGAGGACGAUUUCAAGGCCAUGUUUGGCGAUAUCAAGAAAAAGAAGAAGAAGAAGGAAAUCCCUCUCGAUUUUGGUGACGAUUCUGCACCAGCAGCUGCUCCAUCCGGAGACGGAGCUGCAGAGGGCGGAGACGAUCUCGACUUCUCAGACUUGAAGAAGAAAAAGAAGAAGAAGACAAAGUCUGCCUUUGAUCUUGAAGCUUUCGAAAAGGAGCUCAACGAGUCCAAGGCCAAGUCUGGCGGAGAUGACGAGGAGGAUGAGGACGGUGCUCCCGUCGACACAUCACAUCUGGAUAACAUCGACGAAGCUGAGCUUGGAGACGAUCCUUUCGCUCAACCCGAUGCGCCCACUGGCGUCGAUGCGGGCACCGAAGCCUGGUUAGGCACCGAUCGUGAUUACACUUACCAGGAGCUCUUGACCCGAUUCUACAAUUCUCUCCAUGCCGCCAAUCCUGCUCUCCUCUCUUCAACCACCAGGAAACGUUACACCAUCGCACCACCCCAAUUGUUCCGAGAAGGAAACAAGAAGUCGAUCUUUGCCAACGUCACCGAGAUUUGCAAGAAGAUGCACAGGCAGCCCGAGCACGUCAUCCAAUUCUUGUUCGCCGAAAUGGGUACCACCGGAAGUGUCGACGGUGCAGGCCGAUUGGUUAUCCGAGGUCGUUUCCAACAGAAACAGAUCGAAAACGUCCUCCGACGUUACCUCGUCGAAUACGUCACUUGCAAGACAUGCAAAUCGCCCGACACCCUCCUCACCAAGGAGAACCGUAUCUUCUUCGUUGCGUGCGAGUCUUGUGGCAGCCGAAGGUCCGUCAACGCUAUCAAGAGCGGUUUCCAGGCCCAGGUCGGCAAACGAAGCAAGAACAAGGUUUAA